UUUCUAUGAGUCCCACUCAGUGUGAGGAGCCACAGCAGCCCACCAGAAAGCUCCCACACACACCUCGACCCAGGGAAGUGACCGGGACGCGCGCUGAUGUGCUGUCGACCACUUUGCCCCUUCAAUUGUUCAGCAACUGGAGUUGGAAAAGUCGACUCGGAGAUCCUUGUGACCCUGGUCUGGUGCUCUCUCCAGGGAGGAGCGUCAUGGCAGAGCCGGACUAUCUGGAGGGAGACUGCGAUGAGCUCAUCAAACCCAAGAAGCUGAUCAACCCGGUCAAGAAUUCCCGGAACCAUCAGGACCUGCACCGAGAGCUGCUCAUGAACCAGAGGAGGGGUCUGGCUCCUCAGAACAAACCAGAGCUCCAGAAGGUUCUGGAGAAGAGGAAGCGGGAGCAGAUCCUGAAGGCUCAGAAGGAGGAGCAGGAGGCGCACAAGAAGAGGAGCGACCUGGAGAUCGAGCUCAUGAAGAGGCAACAGAAGCUGGAGCAGCUGGAGCUGGAGAGCCAGAAGAUUGAGGAGGAGCAGGAGAACACCCCAGAGUUCGUGAAGAUGAAAGGCAACCUGCGUCGGACCAAGCAGGAGACAGGCGGGGAGGAGAGGAGCACCUAGUCACCAGCAGGGGGUCCGAUGUCAGCGAGCGAGCGCGUGUUGUGGCUGCCCGACCGUGGUCCGAGAUGAACUCCCUGGCUUUUUUUCCACCUCAGUUGUUCCUUCCUGCAGUGAGGAGAGAGAGACUUUACAGACUUAAAGACCCCCCUCUGUCUGCCUGCCACGGACCGCCAGUGCUCAUCUCCGCUCCUCACACCCGCCCAGCACCACACUGCACACGAGGGUCCGAACGCCCUUGCAAGAUCAGGGCCACGACGAGCUUCCAAUGAGCUCUGGAGACGUAACCAAACAGGAGUUGCACCCCAUCCUCUCUCUGUUGUAUCCCACCCCAUUUCUCUUCCCGUUCUCUGUGUUGUCAUUGUUUUGUCUCUGUGUUUUCAUCUCCAGAACCAAACACUGGAUGGACUCUUGAAGCUGUAUCAUAUAGAAGCCAAACAAAUGUGGUUUUAUUAUUUAUGUUUGUAGCUCAGACAUAGGAGGAACGCUCUCAGUCGCUCUGUACUUUAGUUCAGCUAUAUAGUUUAUCAAGCCACGACAGGACAAAGGGAGGACGAGUUUGGAUGCUUCUUAUUUUUUUUCUCUCAUCAUGCCAUUCCCUCACAUUUCUGGAGCCACUGCAAGACUCUCAGGCGUGAGAGUGACCUUGUUUAUAAACCCUGGUGUUUUGUAUGAGUAAAGUGUUACUGAAUAAAUCCUUUUUUUCUGUGAGGUGGUUCAUUGAAAACGACAAAAAUGUGAGAUGUCUGUCGCUAAAUGUGUUUCUCUUCACUGGCAUUUAUUGUCCAUAACACAGUUUAAUUUAAUGGUCAAUGAGUGCAUUUUAAUAGUUUUCUGAUGGAAAUCCACUAACUCAAUUGGCCUCGCUGGACUUCAUUUGUGAUAUAUCUUUUUUUUCACUUAUCUUUAAUUUUAUUUGAAUAGAAAGAUUUAAAAUAAAAAUCAAUCCUGUGUCUUCCAGAUACAGAAUCUUGUAAAUAAACUUUCAUUUAAUGUUUCUGUUUGUCGUUUUAUGUAUUAUUUCUGUUGUGGGUUUGUGCCAAACUAACGUUUCGGAAAACAAAAGGCAAAAUCUUUUUUGACAAGUGUUGACAAUCAAAAGAAUAAAGGAAUGUUUGGGGUCAAACAGAGGUGAAGAGGAGGAUGAAGGCAGGGUGCAGAAGAGCAAGUUUCAGUUACAGGGAGGUUAGAAGUCACUGUGACUAACAGACAGGAAACGUUAGGGGGCUUUUAAUGGGAGUGACUUGUAGGGCAAGACAAGGAAUGACUAUAUUUGAGGGGUACUCAUGUAGAGACGUUUGGAGAAAGAUGGUUAGUACAUGAGGACGGUGGAGACAAUGUUGGGUGAGGAAUUCUAUAGAUGGAGGUAACAGGAAAAGAGGAUGAAAACCAGCGAGGGUAUAGUGGCAAGUGAGGCAACUGUUGAUGGAUUCAAAACAUGCGUGUGGUCUCCAGCACAUAAAACACGCGGAUAUUUAGUCAUAUCAAAAGAUGAUUUUUGUUCUUAUAAAUAAAAAAGUCUGGUUUUACGCAAAUAA